AUGGCAUCUAAAACAAAUGAUGGUGCUGAUUCUUCAGUUGUUCUUACUCCAUUUUUUGAUGGAAAUGACUUUGAAUACUGGAAGAUAAGAAUGAGAACUUAUCUAAAAGCUGAAGGUUUGUGGACUAUUGUUGCAAAUGGCUAUGAAGAGCCAGAAGACGAUGGUGAACUUUCAGUAGCAGAGAUGAAAAAUCUUGAGGCUAAGCGUCGUCAAGAUGCAAAGGCUUUGAGCAAAAUUCAAAUGGGAGUCUCAAGAGCAUUUUUUGCAAAAAUUGCUACUUGUGAGACUGCAAAGCAAGCUUGGGAGUCUCUGGAAGCUGAGGUGUAUGGUGACGAAAAGGUACGCACUAUCAAUCUUCAAACUCUUAGAAGAGUGUUUCAAAAUUUAAAGAUGAUAGAAUCUGAAAAAAUCGAUGAAUAUUGCACAAGAGUCAUGAAUAUUGUUAACGAAAUGAGAAAUCAUGGUGAUGAAAUUUCUGACCAACAAGUUGUGGAAAAGAUUCUAAUUAGUGCCACAGAAAAGUAUGAGUAUAUUGUUGCUAUCACUGAGGAGACGAAAGAUCUUUCUAAGCUUUCCAUCAAAGAGCUAGUUGGAUCGUUUCGUGCACACGAGAAGCGAAGAUUUUUUCGUGAGAAUCAACCCAAAGAGACGGCUUUCCAGUCCAGAACCAAUGAGAAUUCUCAAAAUUUCUCAAAGAAUCAACAAAAAAAGAAGUACAAUCCAAAAAAGAAGCAGGAUCAUGAUGGCUCUACCAAGAAGGUUGAAGAAAAAGGUGAGAAAAGUACUAGUCUUUUUUGUAAAAUUUGCAAAAAUACUAAUCAUAAUGCAGAAAAAUGUUGGCACAAAGGCAAGCCCCAAUGUAACUUUUGUAAAAAGUUUGGCCAUAUUGAGAAGGAUUGCAGGCACAAGCAACGGGAGCAAGCAAAUUUCUGUGAAGGAAAGGAGGAAGAAAAGGAAGAAAACCUUUUCUACGCUUCUCAAUCUGAUGCUUCAGCAAAAAGCAAUAAUGGUAUGUUGAUAGUGGUUGCACCAAUCAUAUGA